AUGUCUACGACCGUGCUUGUCUCCACUUUCUCGCCUUUUCCGACCCUUGCAUUUUCCGCACCAUCAGAGACGACAAUUGAUGAACUUUAUGGCGUUUUAUCGACACGCUAUCCAUUCCUCCCUCCAACAUCCGACCUAUUUCUCGCACCUCACUCUCGAGCCCUCUCAAACGGCUCUUCCACUCUCUCAUCACUCCAUUCCCCCGAUGAAGCACUGGUAUCGCUGAGGCUUACGCCUCGCAUGCGCGGUGGGAAGGGAGGUUUCGGGUCACAAUUGCGUGCAGCUGGUGGACGGAUGAGCAGCCAGAAGACGAGUAACAAUGACUCGUGCAGAGAUCUGAGCGGUCGGAGGCUGAGCACUAUCAAGGAGGCAAAGAAGCUUGCGGAGUACCUUGAGCAAGAACCCGCUCGAAAGAAAGCUGCGUCCGAGGCCCAACGCGCCAAGCUUGAGGCUCUUGAGCGCAAGCUGGGACUUGGCAAGAAUGGUGGCCCAAGCGGGAGCGGAGAACCCGAAACACUUGCUGGGAAGAAGCAUCGGCUUGAUGACACGGAGUAUCUCGAGCAGAGCAGAGAAAUUGUAGACAACGUCAAGAAUGCUGUAGCAGCUGGUCAGAUCAUUUCUCUCAUCACUCUAAAUGAAAGUUAA